AUGUGGGUAGUUUGCAGAAACAUCUCGUGUGGGCUGUAUGAAUUGUGUGCGGUGGUGAACGGCGUCCGUGGGUGCCAGCCGGUGGGUAAAGCAGUGUGUGAGGCCGCGGGCGACCCACAUUACACGUCUUUCGACGGGCUUCAUUUCAACUUUCAGGGAACCUGCCGCUACACACUGUCCCAGGCGUGUGGUCUGCAGGGUACAGACCUUGUCCCCUUUUCUGUGGAGGUGGAAAAUGAGAGAUGGCCCUAUGGAGCUUUUAAAGUCUCUGUUACCAAGCAAGUUUCCCUGGCUGUGUUUGGACACACCUUUGUUCUGAGACAAAACAUGGCCCAGAUCUUGGUAAAUGGGCUGUUGACUAACUUACCGUGGAGUUUGAAUGGCAGCAAAGUGCAAAUCUCUAAGGAGGGGAUAAACUAUGUCAUGACAACUGAUUUCGGCCUUCGUGUGACCUACAACCUCUUGUACUAUGUUACGGUCACUGUUCCCAGCACCUAUCGCAACAAGACUUGUGGCUUGUGUGGGAACUUUGACGGAAAUCCUUCUAACGACUUCCUCCUGCCCAAUGGUAACAUCACAACAGACAAGAUUGCCUUUGGAAAAGCCUGGAAAGUUGCAGUUUCUGGAGUGCAGUGUGAGGAUGACUGUCAAGGCAGCCAGUGCCCUGACUGCAGCCCCAGUCUGAGGGCUGUUUUUGAAAGGCCAGCAUACUGUGGGCUGCUCUCAGACCCUCUGGGCCCGUUUGCCCCCUGCCAUGCAGUGGUUGAUCCAUCUGCUUAUCUCAGAGACUGUGUUUUUGAUGUAUGUAUUUCUGGGGGCAGCAGUACUGUGGCCUGUCAGAGUGUGGCAGCCUAUGCUUUCAAAUGUCAAACAGCAGGAGUGGCCUUAAAGAGCUGGAGAACAGACUCCUUCUGUCCUCUGUCCUGUCCUGCUCACAGUCAUUACGAGCUGUGUGCAGAUGCCUGUUCUGCUGCCUGUCCCGGACUAACUGACAUCAUAAAAUGCUCCAGCAACUGCACCGAGGGCUGCACCUGUGACCCUGGAUACAUGUUCAAUGGCCAUGACUGUGUCCAGUACCUACAGUGUGGCUGUUAUGAGGAUGGACGCACGUAUGAGCUGGGUGAGGUCGUGUUCCAGGCGCAGUGUCAGCAGAAAUGCAUGUGUGAUCCAGUAAUGGGUUUUCUCUGUGAGACGCACACCUGCUCUAACGGCACGCACUGUAUGGUCAGGAACGGAGUCGAAGCCUGCUUUCACACAGAUCCAUGUGUGGACGCUCGUUGUCGUGAAAAGGAGAUUUGCCGUGUCACAGGGGACCGGGCCGUGUGUGUUCCACUGUACAGCACCACCUGCUGGGCCUGGGGUGACCCACACUACAUCACCUUCGAUGGCUUUAACUUUGACUUCCAGGGCACCUGCAGGUACACCCUGUCCAAAACCUGCGGCCUCCUGGACGGCCUGGAGCCCUUCUCUGUGACUGAGAGCAACGACAAACGUGGCAAUAACCUUGUGUCUGUUGUGCGAGAGGUAGAAGUGGAGGUGUAUGGCAUUACAGUGAUCAUACAGAAGUACCAGUGGGGUCAGAUCAUGGUGAAUGGAGAGAGGCUUUAUCUGCCUCUGGUGCUUCUUGGUGGCCGAGUGAGGGUCAAGCAGGUUGGCUCAUCUGCCAUCAUGGAAACAGACUUCGGCCUGCGAGUGAGUUACAACUGGAACUCUCUCCUUUACCUGCAGCUGCCCAGCAGCUACUACAACCGUGUGUGUGGCCUGUGUGGAAACUAUAACGGAAGCCGAAACGAUGAACUAAGAGACCCGGUUGGUGUUCCCCAGGCCACAGUGGCUCAGUGGACCAGCAGCUGGAAAUCAAACAAAUCUGAGGCUAACUGCAGCGAUGGCUGUGAGAGAGACUGCCCCAUGUUUUCAGCUGACCAACAGAAGCUGUAUAACACAGAUGCUUACUGUGGUGCCCUGACGUCCACAAGCUUGGACGUUUUUACACCCUGCCAUGCUAAAGUGGAUCCUGCAGUGUUCCAGCAGAGCUGUGUGUAUGAUUUAUACUUCAAUAACGGAAACCCCAUGCUGCUCUGUGAUGCCCUAGAAGCUUACGUUAGCAGAUGCCGCCUUGAAGGGAUCGUCAUUACUGGCUGGAGAGAGAAAUUCAACUGUCCUAUGAGAUGUCAGCCGCACAGUCACUAUGAGGCCUGUGCUUCUCCAUGUAAUUCGACCUGCCCCUCUAUGCAGCUGCAACCCAACUGCACAGGUGUGUGUGUGGAAGCAUGUGUUUGCGAUCCCGGCUUCUUCCUCAGUGGCAGCACCUGUUUACCUGCUGACCAGUGUGGCUGCUUCUAUGAGGGCCGUUACUACCAGCAGGGCCAGAGCUUCUGGGCAGAUGAGAAGUGUCGGAGGCGGUGUGUGUGCGACUCCACGCUCGGUGUGGUGGUGUGUCGUGAAGACUCAUGCUCAGCCAAGGAGAUAUGUGCUGUAGUGGAUGGCGUCAGAAUGUGUGUGGCCUCCAGCAGUGCUACGUGUGAAGUAUUUGGUGACCCUCAUUACCGUACAUUUGAUGGACAGCUAUAUGACUUUCAGGGUUCCUGCAUGUACCAGCUGGUGGCGCUAUGCUCUAACAGAACGGAUCUCGUGCCUUUUAAUGUUACUGUGCAGAAUGAGCACCGUGGAAGCUCAGCAGUGAGCUUGACCAGGACGGUGAUGGUGUCUGUGUUUGGUGUUAAGAUCAUCAUGACUAGAGAGCAUCCUUAUCAAAUACUGUUUGGAGGCCUGCUCACGGAUCUCCCUCUCGAGAUGCGAGACAUGCUUGUGGUUUAUCGUAGUGGGAUCACUGUUGUCCUGGAGACAGUCUUUGGCCUGCAGGUGACUUUUGACUGGAUUGGCAGGCUCCAGGUGUCUCUGCCCAGUGUAUAUGGUGGAGCUGUGUGUGGCCUCUGUGGAAACUACAAUGGCAGUAGUCAGGAUGACUUCACCAUGCCAAAUGGCACCAUAGCACCUAAUGACAUGGCACUGGGCCAAAGCUGGCAGGUUGGCAGCACACCUGAUUGCAGCUCAGCUCUUUGCCAGAACACACAGUGCUUUAAUUGCUCAGGUACGCAGAAGGAGGAUGCCCAGCGCAACUGCAGCAUCAUCACAGACCAGACAGGUCCAUUUAAAGAGUGCCAUGCCAUGGUCGACCCUAGACCCUAUGCAGCUAACUGUGUGUUCGAUACCUGCCAAUAUCAGGGGCGCCAGAGUGUGCUGUGUGACUCUAUAGCAGUUUAUGUCUCGGCCUGUCAGAGUAAAGGUGUGGCUGUCCGACCCUGGAGAAACGGCACUUUCUGCUCUCUGUCCUGCCCAGCCAACAGCCAGUACAGCCUCUGUGCCCCAGGCUGUGUGGAGACCUGUGCCAGUCUCUCCUCUACCUGUAGAAGACCCUGUGCUGAGGGCUGCCGGUGUGACCCUGGCUUUGUUUUCAGUGGUCAAACCUGUGUGCCGCUGGCUGAAUGUGGCUGCUUUUAUGGAGGUCGAUAUUACAAGAAGCGCCAGGUGUUCUACACAGAUGUGCAGUGUCAGACGAGAUGCGAAUGUAUUGAAAAUGGAGCAGUUGUGUGCCAGAAGUCCAGCUGUGGGCUGGGGGAGAUGUGUGGUGUUAUAGAUGGGGUGUUGGGGUGCCAUCCAAAUGGAUACAGCAGCUGCUUGGUCACGGGAGACCCUCAUUAUACAUCAUUCGAUGGUCGGAUGUUUGACUUUCAAGGUGUCUGCGUUUACACUCUGGCCAAAGUGUGCACGAACGCUGGAGAGAAACUGGUUUAUUUUUCUGUGGAAACAGAGAAUGAAAGUGUUGGAUGGGCAUCUGCGGUCAAGGCAGUGACCGUGUCUGUCUAUAACUUCACUAUCAAGAUCAGACAAGAUGAGAGUGGAGAGUGGAGAAUGAGGGUGAACAGUGAAAUUAUAAACCUUCCCACAGCACUGGAUGGCAGAAUCUUGCUGACCAGACUGGGUUUUGGUGUCAGACUGCAAACUGACUUUGGGCUGCAGGUGUUCUAUACUACAAACCAUGCAGAAAUCAAAGUACCAUCUACCUAUAACAACAGCAUGUGUGGAUUAUGUGGUAACUACAAUGGCAACCCUGCUGAUGACUUCCUACUGCCCAGUGGUAACCAAACCACUAGUGUGGAUGCGUUUGGACAGGCUUGGAUGCUGGCGCCCCCUGGUGUACCGUGUGGAGGCUGCGAGGGGAUUUGUCCAAAGUAUGAGGCAGCCAAAGCGGCACUGUACCGUGGAAACGACUCAUGUGGACUUAUCUCAUUGCCUGCUGGUCCUUUCAGUAGCUGCCACAAGCAGGUGGAUCCCUUGGCAUAUGUGAAUAACUGUCUGUUUGACAUGUUCAUAAUGGACGGGAGCCUGACUGCACUUUGCCAGAGCAUUCAAGCUUACGCCUCUAUCUGCCAGCGAGCAGGACUGUAUAUCCAGGCCUGGAGAAACAGCUCCUUCUGCCCUGCCCGAUGUCCAGCUAACAGCCACUAUUCACUCUGUUCCGACAACUGCGUCAACACCUGUGCCAGCCUCACCUGGCUAGGGAGCAGAUGUCCGAAGGCGUGUCUGGAGGGCUGCCAGUGUGAUGAGGGAUUUGUGUGGGACGGUGAUGCGUGUGUGCCUCUGAAGGACUGCGGGUGUGUUCAUGAUGGAAAAUAUUUGAAGACUGGUGAAGUGCUGGUGUCCAAAGGCUGCGAUGUGAGGUGUAUGUGCCUCCCUGGAGGAGUCCUGCAAUGUGAAAAUCAGGUGUGCAGCCGCGGGGAGGUGUGUGAUGUUCGGGACGGACGUCGAGGGUGCCACCCAGAACUAGGACGGUGUGAGGUCUACCCCAAUGCCCUGCUGCAAUCAUUUGAUGGGGCACAAGGCAUGGUGGACCAGCCAGGAGCUUUUCAAAUGGCCUUCCUGUGUGAUGAUCGGUCUCCAGAGUGGUUCCGCGUGGUGGCAGAUGUCCGUUUGUACGCCAAGACUGCGGUUGCUAGUGUGGCUAACGUUUAUGUGUUCUUACAGGGAACGUUCAUCACAGUCAACAGUCAGAAACACAGCUGGGUAAAUGGAAAGAAGGUGUCAUAUCCCAGUGCUCCAGCCAAAGAGGUGUUGAUUGAGUAUACGGGCGAGAGUGUGGUCAUAGAGAGAGCGUCCAGCGUCAGAGUGGAGUACAGCAACACGCAACAGCUCACACUAACCAUCAGUGAUGGUCUGGCAGGAAAAAUGUGCGGCGCUUGUGGCAACUUCAACAGAAACCUGACAGACGAUAUGGUAACAGCCAGUGGGAGAAAUUCCUCCAUGCUGCCUGGGGUUGUAGCAUCCUGGCAGGCAGACGACUUCUCCAGAUGUGGGCUCUAAGGAUAUGGAAGAAAGUUCACCACUGCAGUGUCUGAAUCCGCUGUGAAUGAGUUUGAGUCAUAAUGACUGUGGACCUCUUUUUCUUUCUCUUUUGUACUACUGUGAAAAUAUUGAAAAUAUUAUUAUAUACUUUUCUGCAGGUUAUGUGUUUAAACAGGAGUUUGGCUCUGAUAAAUAAAUGUAUUUGAUAAUUAAAA